AUUUGGUCUCUUCUCUUCUUUUUCCUUUUCUUUCUCUUCUACUUCUUUUUCUCUCUCGUAAUGCUUGCUCUCUACCCUUUUUAAUCUCCUUAUCCUUUUCUUUUUGGCCGUCACAUUUCUAACCCUACGAAACCUCGUCCGGGAAAACCCAAAACAAGCCCCUAUUCCCACCACAAAACAACACCUAUCUCGGUGGCCAUUGACAUACCCUCGCGUCUUGACCGUGUCCGCUCUCCUUGCUGGCAGACUCAGACCAGCUCUCUCCCUUCGUUCCGGGUGUCAUUCCUCGCCGUUCCGCCUUGCGCCGUUCGAUACCGCUCCCUUAUUAUAGAGACACCUACAGACACGAGAUACGACCUCAUAGAUCUCCAAAAUACUCGCUCCAGUUUUAUUGAUAGAAAAGAAAGAAAAAGAUUUGAAAAGAUGUCGGCCAACCUGCUCUCCAACAUUCCUCUCUCCUUCUCCACCCCCUCGAUAGAUCAGCCGUUUGGCGUGAGGCUAUGGCCUAUCUUCGACUCCGUCUACACUUCCAUCAUGGGCUACUCGGCAGAUGAUUUCCGGUUCGUCAUCAACGAGACGCCCAUGUCGACCCUCAAGGCUACCACAAUCGCCCUAAUAUCCUACUAUGUCAUCAUCUUUGGUGGCCGUGAGCUCAUGCGGAGCCGUCCGGCCAUGAAGCUGAACGGUCUGUUCAUGGUACACAACUUCAUCUUGACAGUGGUCAGCUUCCUCCUACUGGUUCUCUACAUCGAACAAUUGCUGCCCACCUUGGUCCGGAAGGGUACUUUCCAUGCCAUCUGCCACUACGAAGGUGGUUGGACUAAGCCCUUGGUUCUCCUCUACUACUUGACCUACCUCACCAAGUAUCUUGAAUUGCUUGACACCGUCUUCCUGGUCCUUAAGAAGAAGCCACUUACCUUCCUUCAUACCUACCACCAUGGCGCUACUGCUCUACUCUGCUACACCCAGCUUAUCGGCUCCACCGCUGUCUCCUGGGUGCCCAUCACCCUCAACCUGGUCGUCCAUGUCGUCAUGUACUGGUACUACUUCCAGAGCGCCCGUGGAAUCCGUAUCUGGUGGAAAGAAUGGAUCACCCGUCUGCAGAUCGCACAGUUUGUUAUUGACCUAGGUAAGGCUUUUUGUUUAUGCCUUUUAACUCUUUGUCUGUAUUUCUGUCCUUGUUGUGAUUAGUCUAACAGAUGCAUAGGAUUUGUUUACUUUGCCUCAUACACCUACUUUACCUCGACCUACUGGCCCUGGUUGCCCAAUGCAGGAAAGUGCGCAGGUGAAGAAUUCGCUGCAUUUGCGGGUCUCAUCAUCCUCUCCUCAUACCUCCUUCUCUUCAUCUCCUUCUACCUCGCCACCUACAAGAAGGGAGCCAAGUCCGGCCGCCCACGCCGCAACACUGGAUCGCAAGCUGCUCUUGCCAUGAAGAACAUGGAAAUUCCUCAUGUUGGCGGUCAUUCUGCUCCAGCCGUCUCCAACGGCUCCACCAACGGAAGUGCUUCUAACGGUAAUGCUACCACCACUGCCCGAGCCAACGGACCUGUCACCAGGUCAAGAAAGGCAUAGAGGGUCACCACAAUGGCCACUGUCGACCGACUUGACUGAACUAGGUGGCUUCUCUGACGUUUUUCUUGCGAUAAUUACGUUUGAAUACGUUUACAAUGAACGUGUAUAAUAAUAUACUUGGAGACUGUACGAAUGGGAACAUGAAGUUGUUGGACCGGAGUCAUACCCUCCUCCAGCUUUGGCUGAUGCAGACGGACGCAAACGGUUUGGUUGGGUACGGAUGCCUGAUAUGAUUGAGAUGGCUUUUUAUAUACGAGGGAUGCAUCUUUUUUGCAUCCAAUACACACCUACACUCCCUUACCUACUAAUUCUCACUUCACCGCGAAGAAACACCUGCAUGACAAAAAAAGACACACAUUGGAAAAAAACCCCUACGACAUACAUAUACAACAUAGAAAGGGAGAAGCAAAUGAAACCUAAAUGGAAGAAAGAAGGAAGAAAAGUGAAAGAACAAAUGGAUAGGAUAUAAUAUUGCCUUUUCCUCCAUUCGUCAUCCCUUUUCUUCCUCUAAUCCCAUCUCAUCUCCCGUCCUCUUCUUUCUACCCCAUGCUUGCUACCAUUACUUACUACAUACUAAUAAACUCCUUUUUCUUUCUUUUCUAGUACUUGCAUUUGCAUUACACCUUUUAUUUGAUUGACCCCCUUCUUCACCUUUUUUCGUCUUCCUCACUUCAAUUCUAUUGCGGUUUAUUCUUUUAUUUCUUUUGGGUAUAAUGACAGUGGAAACCGUAAAAAC